AUGCUAUGUUAUCGAAAACUGCGCCAUUCAAUAUACAUUCUGCUGUGCGUCCCAGUACUUUUAUUGGUUAUUUUGUACAGAAAAGUGGAUUUUAAUGAGGUAAGUUGAUAAAUUAUCCAAAAAUGAAUAUUCCCGGAUGAAACAUGUGCAAAAAGAUUUCGGAAAAAGUAUUUUUAAUCCCAGAAAACACAAAAAACAGGAAAAGCAACAAGUUGUUAUCCGGUAAAAUGAGACCUCGGGGAUUUCAAAAGCUUUAGAAGUAAAAAAGUUUUAAUCCGGAGUAAAAAAAGGCCAGCUUGACCCCUGAAUAGAGCCACCUCUCUUUUACUUUACACUCGACCGCUGUUUUCCUGUCCCCAAAUCUCUUUUUUCAGGACAAACAAACAAAAAGAAUAUUGGUUCCAGACAAAAUUCAAAAAAGUUUUGUCGAAAAGUUGGAUUUGCAAUGAAAGAAAUGCAGAUUUUUAGCUAAAAAAGAUGAUUUUGAAAGAAAAAUCUAGCAAAUCCACAGUUUCCGAGAUGAAAUAACCUAAGGUAUUUUAAUAGUAUCAGAACCGGACAAAAAAAUUAUCAGAAAUAGUGAUUUUCCUAAAGAAUUUAACUUUGAGACUAAGAAUUUAACGGAGAUCUUGCAGAAAACACAAGUGGAAGAUGACUCAAUCCGGCUGGAAUCCUUCAGAUUGCGUCAAAAAAGUGAGUGUUCCUAUCAAAAAUUCAGAAAAGAAAUCAAUUGUUAAAUAUUCAGUCAUCAAAAUAAUCUAAUAAUACGAAUUUUUUGAAGAAAAACCUGACUAAAGUAAGGUGAAAGUGAUUGAUUGAAGUUGGAAUAGUAAAGAACUUGACCAUUAGAUGGUUUUGAAACAGUUUUUCACAUUUCCCGCAUUAGAUUUUACUCACAAACCAUAAAAAAUAGGUUUUAGACUUUUUUGAUAUUAUCAGUCUGUCGGAAAAAUAACGGCGGAUCGUCGCAUCAAAAUGUCUCGCCUCGCCGCUGUCGCGCAUCAAAUCCCAAUCCGCGGCUUGCAGUCGCAAAGCGAUGAUGGGCGAUUCCGAGGCGCGACGAUCCGCCGUUUUUUUCCCGACAGACCGAUAUACUAGGGACAAAAAGUCCGUAGAAUUUUUUCGCCGCCGACGCGGGGAAAUGCGUGCUGCUAGUGGAAAAACGGGAAGUUGUACUUGCCCUGGUAGACGCUGGUUUUCUAAUUGGUCCCUUUUCGGAAAGUAAAUGAGCAUUAUAAGUGGACUGGAUGCGAGGAAAUGCGUUGUUGGCAAGUUAUACGAAAAGAUAACAUCCGGAAUAAGGGACAAGAUUAUGAAAAGGAAAAAUACUAUUUUCAGGCUUUUGUGGACGGGAUAUUGAGCUGAUUUACAACGAUACGGAAUAUCCAGAAUGUCUGCAAAAGUUACAAUGGAUGACUGAAAAAUGGAGUUCAGAUAAAUGCUAUGCGGAAAAUGGAGUGGACGGGUCCAAUUGCAGUGUCUAUAAUUACAUAUCAAACGUAGAGAAACAUUGCAGAACUAUCGGGAAUAAUCAAAUGUAAGAUUGGAAAAAAUAAAAUUUACUUGAUGCCAAGUAUAUAUAAAAUAAGUAAUAUAAAUUCUUCCAGUACAUAUCAGCCAACCCCUUUACUGCCUCCGAAACCAUUGGACAUUGAGGAUUUAAUGGCUAGAAUGUCUGACCAUCCCACUAAUUACGACUUCAUCAAACGCCGAAUCCGGGAAUUGGCCCCGAAUUGGGAAAAGGCGCGACAAAACUUGGCCGCCAAACGAUUUGUGCGCCCGCAAAAGGUAUGAGAUUAGCCGAGUUAUAUCCGGGACUGACCCCAAAUGGCUAACAUGCCAGGAGCUUGCGUUAAAAGCCCGCUUAGAGGAUUAGGAUCCAUUUUAAAUAGAUUUGAGGGGCCAGUGUAAUAACAUUAUAUGCGGGAUGUAGCUUGCAUUAUAAGCUCGGAGUCGACAUGGAUGUCAAACAAAAUUAGAGCCCAACAGCAAUUUACUGUGUUCUAGAUCUUCCUCUACCUGGGCUUCCUCACAGUGAAGAAGAAUAAUUUGGCGGAAGCGGCCGACAAGGGCGGCCCGUUGGGAGAGCUGGUCCAAUGGAGCGACCUCAUCGCCUCUGUGGCCACUUUGGGUCAUAAUAUAAGUGUCUUUGGAAAUUGGAGUCGAUUCAAAUCGUGAGUUACAAUGAUCCUAGCCUAGGUCCUUAUACCAAGUAUAGGACUUUAAGCUUUAUAAAUUUACUAUACAUUUUGUAACAGAAAACGUGAAAAUCCAAAAAAAGAGGAUGGCCAAAUAUGGCCUCGCAAAUGGAAAAAUAAACUUCAGAUAAGGAUGGCACGUUGUAAACACACGGCGGCAAAGUUUACACGGAAGUUCGGGAACGGAAAAGGGGGACAUUCGAUAUCUCUCAUUUUUUUGCAUUUAAAACCCACUAAUCCUACUGUAAACUAUAUAUUAUGAUUGAACAUAUAAAUGAAAGUAAACUAAAAUUUGAUGGGUAAAACAACGUAUUUUUGGCAAUGUUGGGCACUUUAUCUCCAAUUCGAAUGUUUUCAGAGCCCUAACUGAAUUGGAUCAAAUUUCGGCAUGUCCUAAGAGCACAAGUGAAGCGCCGACGGUCCUAAUUUUCAUCGACAUAAUGGGAUUGCGCCACAUUCGAAUGAGACUGAAGACAUUUUAUGCGCAGAAUCUGUAAGUUCAAAAAAUAAAUGUGGAGCAGAAAUCUGAACUGUUUGCGAACGUAAAACAAAUCAAUUACUGACUUCAGAUGCCGCUUUCGAGUGUUAGAUUCGUUCGGAACACACGCCGAAUUCAACCAUCCCACCUAUUUUCGGAAGAAUUACAAAUCUCUGGGCGCCAAAUCGUUGAAACAAAACCCCUGGGGCGGAAAUGGCCUUAAUUUGAAGCAGUUCCUCACGUUGUAUCCCCACACCGAUGACAAUACUUUCCUCGGAUUCGUGGUGCAGACUUUUGAACAGGAGGAUACGAAGAGGGAAAAUUGGACGGUAAUCUACGGAAAGGAGGCUUAUAUGUGGAAGGAUGCGGGAAAAGUUUUACAGGUAAGAGAUACAGAACAUACGAAGACUCACUUUAUCAAAGGCUUUGGUCAAAAUUAAAAAAAACCUUGUCGCCUCCAGUUCUAUAAAAUGAUGACGAUCAUGACGAAUUUUAUAGAACUGUUUACGUAUUUCUCUAGAUCGCUUCGGAAUUCACUCAACUCCACGCCACUGUGGAGAAUGCAACCACAGCCAAGGAAUAUGCAAAUGUCCCCUUCGAGAAUCACGGCAAUCUCCCGGCCGAGAAAUUCCACGGCCUUCUCCGAAAGGCCAAGGUUUUCCUUGGUUUAGGGUUUCCCAUCGAAGGUCCCGCGCCCCUCGAAGCGGUGGCCAAUGGGGCCAUUUACUUGAAUCCGAUAUUCAAAACGGCCAAGAGUCGGAGGAAUUACACCUUUUUCGCGGAGAAACCCACUUUCCGCAAGGUAAGCCGCCAUUUUUAUAUUGUGCUAGACGACUGCUAGAAAUCAUUAAAAUUUAAACCCAAAAUUUUUGGAAGCUCUCGAGAAGAACCCAAAAACAUCCCGGAUGUUGGAUAUAGAUUGAGAAUUGAGAGAUUCGCGCCACAAAUAUCUAGCUUUACCCCUUCAUAGCAGCGAUGGAAUUGUCGCUGACCUCGAGAAAAGAGAAGACUUUCCCCUAAUUUAAUGCGAACGGGGAGAGAAAUCAACGGGAAAUCAUAAUUAGAAAGAGUCUAGACACCCAUAAAUAAUAUUUUUUGCAUUAUUUGCAAUUGCAGAUUACAAGCCAGAACUUCUAUAUGGAUCGUUUCGUCGGUCGUCCUUAUGUCAUCAAUGUGGAUAUUGAGGAUGAAGAGGAUGUCCGGAGGGCAUUUAAAGAGGCUAUGAACUCGAGCAUAGAGCCCACUUUAUCUUAUGAGUUUACUUUUUUGGGGAUGCUGGAGAGAGUAUCGAUUAUCAUAUCCAAAUUCGAUUUCUGUUCGCCUGUGAGGAGAGAUUGGCCGCCUUUCAAAGAGGCUGGAAGUGUGAUUGAAGCUGAUGCUGGGCAAAGCUGUGAUGAGGCUUGUGCUAGUCAAGGGAGGCUAUGCGAGUCCGAGUUUUUCAAAUAUAUUAAUCAUCCCGUGGAGUUGAAGAGGUAAGGAGAACAUUGAAAAAAUCUUCAUUUCAUAAAACAUUCCAUGUUCAUAUUUCCAGACCAUAAAAUCCCACACGAUUACGCGUUAUUAAUUUCAGACAUGGGUGUUCAAUCUCCACCAUAGAAUCAAUGGCCGAGCCGUAUUCUCCAUCCAAGUGCAGCCUCCAAAGGGAUCCGUUCUUAUUCAGUUGCGCGACCCAACCUCCGGCACAUGUACAACGAAUUUGCCCAUGUCGAACGCUCAAUAGGAACCAAACUAUACUUUGUGCAACCUGUUAG